ACCAGCUGGCAGGGCUUUUGUAGCCUCAGAACGGCUCCUACACUAACCUUAUGUUUUAUCCAGGGCAAAUACGUAGUUGUUUUGUUGCGGUGUGCUCUGUCUUCGCCAUGUUUUUUCAAGCAGGAUGUCUUCGUAGUUUGCUAUGGACCGGCUGUCGAAGUGCCAAGGAGAGGCGAGUGCACUGCUAAUCCUGGAUUACCAAGCGCACGAACCUUACUGCAGUUUAAGACCAGCGGCACAACUUCUUCUAUGGACAUCUGCCUGCUUCUUAAUGGGGAAUUUAACCUCCUCCCAUCCAAGGGGUCUGUCCAGCACUGCCUGUUUACAGUAUGUUCAGGAUGUGGUGUCACAGAACUGUGUCGUGAUAUUUUCCAAGACCACCUGCCCAUAUUGUAAAAUGGCCAAAAACGUCUUCAACGAAAUUGGCGCAACCUACAAAGUGAUCGAACUCGAUGAGCACAACGAUGGGCGGAGUCUGCAAGAGGCCCUGGCUCAGAUGACCGGUGCCAGGACGGUCCCAAGAGUGUUUGUCAAUGGCCACUGCAUUGGGGGCGGGUCUGAUACCAAACAGCUCCAUCAGCAAGGAAAGCUGGUGCCUCUGAUCGAGCAGUGUGCUUCCUGCUGUGCUGCCACCGGCUCUGAAGGCUCAGGCGGCAGACAGUUCGAGGCGGCCAAAUGACUAACCGUUCUUACGGUUUUUAUCAAUGCACCACUUAUCACAUGUUUGCUUGAGCUCAUGCUACAAGGUGUACAUUGCUUGAGCAUGACUAUAGUAUUUAUGCAUCAAAGUGUAGUGGAUACUUGAUGUAAAAAUACAUUUUCAUCCAGGGAUGUACAUUAUUAUGAUAAUGAUGAUGAUAUUGUUUUUAAUAUUAUUGUUAUGGCCUCAAUGUUUAAAUCAAAGCCUGUAAAGUGUGGGACUGCUGUAUUACUCAUACAGCACUUGUACAUGUUUGUUUUAUUGAACAAUAUUACACUUCACUGAACUGUGAACAUCUUGAUGUAUUGAUUCUACCUUAGCGGUUGGUUUUUAUUUCAGGUAACUUUCAUAUUUUGCAAGAGCAAAAGAGGUAAACUUUGUAAAAAUAUGCAGAGUAUUGUACUGUUAUUUGCAUAAAAUGUGAAUAAAUUUAGUAAUUUGUGUA